AUGGAAUCAAUGAAGCCACACAUCCCUCCGUUAAACAUCUCGAAAUCCAAUUCGAAUCUACACGCAUCCGCUCACGAUUACAACAAUUCACAAAGUCGAUUCUACUCAGCUUGGGGCACGUCUGAGAUGACGCCUCCUUUAACACCGCAGACACAAGAAACCAACAUGGAUCAACAAGAAGUACCAAGGCCUGUCUUUCACAACUACCUGCGAGCAUUCUACCCUUUUCACCCGGCCGGCAAUGUCUCUCCGUCGACCGUUACUCUUCCACUAGACCAGGGUGAUAUCAUCUUGGUCCACUCCGUUCACACCAAUGGCUGGGCCGAUGGUACAUUACUAGAUUCUGGGAAUCGAGGCUGGCUCCCUACGAAUUAUUGCGAGGCUUACGACCAAUUGCCAAUGCGUCCCUUGCUAAAGGCCUUGACCGAUUUUUGGGACAUCAUCCGAGGAGGAUGUGGGUCAUCAUUAAAAGAUUUUGGAAACCAGGACCUCAUGAGAGGUCCUAUCGCCGGAGUCCGAUUCUUGCUGGAAAAAUCCGAAUGCCUUACAAGGGAGUCUUCCCUAGUCAGAAGGUACGAUGGGCUGCGCCGGAUCCGCAAGGCUUUGUUAUCUGAUCUUUCUUCGUUGGUGAAAACCGCGAAGAAGUUCCAAGAAGUGGCUAAUGGAACCCCAUCGGAAGAUGAGGUCGAGCAUAUUUUGGAUGAGAUGCUUCUCAAGGCUUUCAAAAUUGUUACUCGCGGCGUUCGAUUCCUUGAUGUUUGGAAUGAAGAGGUGGGCCUUAGCAGGACUAUCGCCGAGAUGGACGGACCUGUCGAUGGCCACAAUGACAUGCCGCCCACGCCAGCAUCCGAGAGUUUCAACCUGAGUGAAAACGAGUGCCCGGAACGGAAUGAGUCACGCAUCUUAGAGUCACGGCAGAUGGAGUCAAGACAGAUGAGCCGACUGUCGAUGCGCACCGAAACCUUCGAUCACGCGCCCAGACCGGUCUCUGUCGCCGCUAAAAGAAUUUCCGUGUCGCAUCGCAUGUCGGUCUCCGGUCCCUCGGCUGCUAUCUGUGCCCAGAACUUGGCAUCCGAGCGACUUGGCACCACCUACGAUGCGUUCCUCGGCGUGCUUGGCUCGUUCAUUGGACUUCACAUGCAGUCUCGUUCAUCGACUGAGCUAAUUGUCACCACACAGCAGGCUGUUCAGUCUUGCCGAGCUCUGCUAAAUGUUGUCGAGGCUGUAUGUGAGCACGAUGCUCAGCGUAGCGUGCUGCUUGACCAGGCACGUGAAUCUAUGUGCGAGAGACUGUCUGAUCUUGUUCACGCUGCGCGCGACGUGUUCCGACCCGCACACCUCCCUGAUGACGAUCUUGUGUUUAUGCCUGAUGAAGGCAAGCGCCUCGUUGACGCGGCGACAUCUUGUGUCCGAGCAGCUGGAAAUUGUUUGGCAAAGGCCCGUCUGGUACUGGAGCAAAUUGGAGAUAUGGAGCUUGAGCCUGAAAACCAGGAAACUCAACAGAACACCCCCUCAAUGGAGUCGGAGCAGUCAGAGACGACUCCAAUCGCAGAACAUGAACGCCGCCUUCCCCCACCUCCCCUUCAGAUCCCCAGCACAACAUACUCCCCACCAACACCUGGUCUCACCGACGCCAGCACACCUUCCUCUUUCCAAUCUCACAUCGCCAAUUCCCCCGGCAACCUAUCCGCUCUCUCUUCUCUCCCCAAUUCAGCCGUCCUCCCCACACACCUCGAAAACAUCUCUUCCUUCUCCUCUGUUGACAGCGGAUACCGCGAGUCCCACAAAUCCGACAUGGGUGAAUCCUUUGGACGUGGAAUCACUUCUAAUGGCAGUAGCUUCACAUAUCACAGCCACACACGCGACUCAGAGAUGAGUGGUCUUUCACAGACGUCGACUCGGGCUACUUCACCCGAUAUCAAUGGCAGCUUCCCUGGAAGCUUCAAGGUCCCCUCGCUGAAGGAGAGUGUCAGCUACUCAACCCUCGCCGAAGAGAACGAAGAGACAGAGGCCAACAUUCUCGAGAAGACGUACGCGCACGAGCUUAUCUACAAGGAGGGAUCUGUAAUGGGUGGCAGUCUUCGUGCUCUCAUCGAGAAGCUGACUGCGCAUCAAUCGACCCCCGACGCCAUGUUUGUGUCAACUUUCUACCUUACCUUCCGCCUCUUUGCCACUCCCCUUGAGUUCGCUGAGGCCCUUGCUACCCGUUUCGAGUAUAUCGGUGAUACCCCUCACGCCGCGGGACCUGUUCGCCUUCGCGUCUACAACAUCUUCAAGGGCUGGCUCGAGUCUCAUUGGCGCCAUGAUCGCGACAACUCCGCCCUCCAAUUCAUCAUCAACUUCGCGAGAACUAAACUCGCCGCCGAUCUUCCCACUGCUGGCAAGCGUCUGCUUGACUUGGCAGACAAGGUGUCGGCUGUUGGCGGACCCGUCGUUCCUCGCUUGGUGUCGUCUAUGGGCAAGACCAAUACCUCGAUCGCCCAAUACAUCCACCCCGAUACUCCCCUUCCUCCUCCCGUCCUUGCCAAAAAGGAGCACAACUUGCUAAAGCAAUGGAAGAACAACGAGGGCACACUCUCUAUUAUUGACUUUGACCCGCUUGAGCUGGCUCGUCAGCUGACCAUCAAGGAAUCACGCAUCUUCUGUGCCAUUCUACCGGAAGAGCUCCUUGAUACCGAGUGGACCAAGAAGUCUGGCUCAUUGGCUGUGAACGUUCGCGCCAUGUCAACUCUCUCCACAGACCUUGCUCAUCUCGUUGCUGACUCGAUCCUGUGUCUCGAAGAGCCUAAGAAGCGUGCAGUUACAAUCAAGCACUGGGUCAAGAUUGCCACCAAGUGUUUGGAGUUGAACAACUAUGACUCCCUCAUGGCUAUCAUCUGCUCAUUGAACCUUUCCAUGAUCUCUCGCCUCAAGAGGACCUGGGACAUCGUCUCUCAGAAGACCAAGAUUGCCCUCGAGCACCUCCGUGGUAUCGUUGACGUCUCCCGCAACUACGCGGUCCUUCGUCAGCGCCUGCAGAACCACGUGCCCCCUUGCCUUCCCUUCGUCGGCACCUACCUGACCGACCUCACUUUCGUCGACCAUGGCAACCAAUCCUCACGCACACUCUCCACAAACGAGAGCGAAAUGGACGUGAUUAACUUCGAUAAGCACAUGAAGACAGCACGGAUCAUCAGCGAACUCCAGCGCUUCCAGAUCCCGCACCGCCUCACUGAGGUUCCUGAGCUACAAGCAUGGAUGCAGAAUGAACUUGUGCGCGUACGUUCCCUUCGUUCGCAUGGAGACGAAACAACAAACCAGCAAUUCUAUCGUCGUUCUCUGGUCCUUGAACCCAGAGAACAGUCCCGCAGCGCAACCACCUUGCAGUCUCAAGAAUCCAACCCUUCUAUCCUCGACAACGCUAAAGACAAAUUUGACUUCCUGUCCUGGACCAAUCAAUCCAAAGCCAAGUCUGUUCCGACACAUGGUUAA